CCUACUGCCGUGGUCCGAGUUUCAACGCUGGGCUACUUGUCACAAGAAGUACAAGGUUACGUUCCUAUCCACCGUUUGAUCUCUCAGCUCGUGCUGCCUUAAGUGCGUGGAUCGAGAACUCCGAGUGUCUUCGAUUGACGUGCACACGCAUACGUUGCAUGGCACGCAAGGCGCACUCUUCGGCCACAGAGUGACAAUCAACCUCAAGAGCAGCGUUCGAUUCGAAAGGCCUAAAAUCAGCCUUUUUCGCAAUGGACGACCUAGUCCAUCAGCUAUUGGACGCUUUCAUUCCACGGCCCGUCUUUUACAUCUUAGCACGCUUCUCCAACUUGAUCUAUCGCCUGUUUUUCGGCCUGUACAAUGAUCCAACGUCGUGGAAAUCGACGCUGCUGCCGCCGUUGAUCGCCCUGCUCGCCGGCUACUUAGCGCUUCUUACAGUAUAUCGAACGGUUCAGUCUACCGCACGGCUGGUGUGGUGGUCCGUAAAAUGGGGCGUCAUACUCGGCGCAGUCUUCGGUGGCUACGCAUGGUGGACAAGUGAGGCUGGUACUAUCAACAGCACAGGCCAGCCUUCAUCUGGCUUCUGGAGCGGAGUCGGCAGCGUUGCAAACGGAGCCGCGAGAGGUGAGUGCUGAGCAGCUUAGGAGGCUUGAUCUUCCCCACUUAAGGCGUAUCGGUCGGAAGCCGAUGAACAUUGUCCAUUCUUGUCCUUAUUCUUUCCCUUUCACUGCUCU